AUGCUUAAGGAAGAUUAUGGUUACCCAGAUACUCUUGACUUUAGUGACAGAUAUAAAGAAGCUAUUAGAAAGUUCAAGGAAGGAAAUACUGACCCGAACCUAUUUAGCUUUAUGGUUCAGCAUCAAAUCGGAUAUAAUCUCAAACCUGGAAAAUACAAGCUCGCUAAGGGAUAUGAUUUAAUAGCAUAUCAUCCAAAUGACAUGGAUGAAUUUACUCCGAGAUAUUUGAUGUCAGAGCUAAAUGAUAAUUCAACUCUCUUCAUGAAACGUGUAAAAAAUAGAGACGGAACGAAAGAAGAAAGGUUUAUGAGUCCGGAUGACUUAGAUAGGGAACUUGUUAAAAACGGUCUCGGAAUAUAUGAAAUGCCAGCAGAUGAGGUACAAGAAACUCAACAGGAAGAAGUUCAGAUACAACCAGACAUGGAAGAAAUAGUUCAGCAACAACAGCUAGAAGAGCCUGAAGGAAACGAACAAGUCCCUCCUUUGGAAACUAACUUCACAGAACUAGAUGAAGAUUUGGAACAGCCGAAAAAUCUUGACCCUCAACAAGAGUAUGAGGAGAAUAUGGAAUCUUUCCAAGAGUCUAAGAAAAAUUCGGCUGACAUAGUAGAAGGAUAUCGAAAAAUGUUCACCGACAUACAAAAGACUCCAACAUCAGAUGAAAAUAUUCAGCAUAGAGUGGAAGUACUGAAAGAAAAUGUACGCAAAUACAAUAAUCCUUUUUACUUACGACCAUAUAACGUUCAAUCUUUGGCUGAACUCGGUGAAAAUAAAAGGUUAAAUUUCAACAAAACAUAUAGAAAUGAAACAUUGUUUAAAGUUCAUUCAGAACCUAACCAAUAUGGAAACAAACCUACUUU